UUUAGUGACUUGCGGAGAUCAAAAUAAACUUUCUUAUUCGACGCAAAUUCUUAUACAGAAAUCAUCAAGACCAAGCCAGAGUUGUCAAAAAUUUUUACGGGCAGGCAGAAAAAUGAUUUCAAUCCUGUUGCUUCUCCUCUUCAGUUAUCCUGCUACGUUCAUUUGCAGCGAAGAUGAAGAAUCUUCGGAUCCAAAUUUCGAUCCUGAAGCUUGCAAUUUAAAAAGCGAUUACGGCAACGGCACCUGCUCCACAGCUGUACCGCGGUGGCACUACGACAAUUCUACGCAGACCUGCCAUCCUUUCGUGUACAGCGGAUCUGGAGGGAAUGGAAAUAAUUUCAAAACCUUCGACAUGUGCUACAUAAGAUGCUUUCUAGUUCCAAAUAAAACACGUGACGGGAAAGAAUGAACAAGACGCAGGAAACCAGAAAGUUAGAAGAAAUGUUUCUGGGAUUCAAGAAAAUUUUUUGGAAUUUUCUCUUCUUAUAUAUAAUGUGUGACUUAUUUCUUAUGCAUGUCAUUUUGCAAUUAUAUAAUAAAGAUUA